AUGGUGCGCGCCUUCAGAACAAUAGUCGCCGUCGUGGCCCCGUUGUUUGUCCUCGCCUUCUUGCUCUCUCACGCAACUCGACAUCGCGGCGAGGGUGUCCCGCAGCCGCAGCCGGACGCGGAACCUCAGCCUCAGCCCCAGACCGACGACAUUGUCCUUACCGAACAAACCAAGGGCCUCUCUACCACGGGCACCACCAACGUCGAUGUGCUGCCCCCAUCUCAUCUGCUCACCAUCGACGACGAUGGGCAGCCUGUGAUCGACCAGACGGCGUAUCGCGUCAUUCACUCCAACUCGACGGCCAGCGGCGACUACUUUACCAUCUUUCUCGGCGGGAGUAUUGGUUACAAUCCCACCAUCAUUCCUCAUCCGACCAAAUUCGACGCGUGGAUUGUCCUCGUCCAGAAGGUGACCAGCAAGGCCCCCGAGGACUAUUCGUCUCAGUUGAUGUGCAGCGCGGGCUUCAUGAACGACGUCCUCAACUGCAUGGCCGAGCCGACGGCCUUGUCCCUGGAGGCCAGCAAGGGCAGUUGCGAGGAAGACUUGGCUCAUUACAAUUUCGAACACGGCCCUCGAGAUGCCCGGGUGUUCUACGGGCCCGUGGCCCCCUACAUCCUGUAUGGAUCCCAUUCCGCCUACACCUGUCUGGGCAUGUGGCUGCAAGACUUCCGCAUGCUGGUGGAUGACUAUCGCAUCGAGGCCGUGCUCGCCAAAGACUUCACCAAGCCGACGGAGCUGCAGCGUCCCCCGCCGUUCAAGGGCGUGGAAAAGAACUUUUUCGUCUUCUGGGACGCGGCGGGCGAAAUCUACGUGCACAGCGACCUGGUGCCCAAGCGGGUGUUUGCAAAGCUGGCUCUCGACGGUUCGAUUGGGCCCGACCUCGCGCCGCUCGCCGCCGGCACCGACGACCGGUGUCUGGCGCGAUACAUGCCGGCCGCGGUGCUGGACAAGGCGGCCAUCCAGCAAUCGACCAACUCGCUGGCCAUCACGCUCUGCCGACGGGCCGACCCCAAAUGCAAGCCGACGGACCAAAACACCUUCGUGCUGACCCUCUUCCACUACAAGACGGCGUUUGACGGCCAUAGCAUCUACGAGCCGUACGUCAUGCUCUUCCAGCAAUCGGCGCCGUUUGCGGUGCACGCCAUCUCCACCAAGCCGCUCUGGAUCUCGGGCCGGUCCAAGUUCUCCAAGUUCAGCGGCAACGUGAAUUGGAACGACCGCGACGAUCUGCCCGAGAACCACUCGGAGAUGUUCUUCGUCCGGAGUCUCACCUGGCGAGCCCACGGUCAAAAAUACCACGGGUACCUGGACGAUAUUCUGUUCCUGGCUUUUGGCAUUGAGGAGUCGAGGUCUGGUGCUAUCGAUGUCGUGGCCAGCGACUUAUUACAGGAUCUGGGUGCAUGUGCAGACAUCAAGUAA